GGCCUUGUAGUCUAUGAAUAUACUAUAACGCUGGGCCAAGAGGUCGCCGUAGUUUGGAAAAGAAGGUUCACGGCCACCUCGAUGCUGCUGCUUGGUAUUCGGUGGUUCAUGCUUCUCGGCUCGAUUCUGGAUGCUACACCCCCAACAUACAUAUGGUGUGAGUCCAAAUUUUCACCAAUUGUUUGCCAUGUAGUGUUCUCUGCUCUGCGUGUGUACGCACUCUGGCAGGGUUCACCAAUGAAAUAUGUCUGCCUCGCUGCCCCACUCAUACUCGGAGUAGUUCCCGUUGGAACAAAUAUUCCUGCCUUUCUCAUAUUUACACUGUUAAUUGUCAUUUCAAUGUGUGCAGUACUCUAUUUCACCAGAUGCAGCUUGAUUGCUGCCGACAUCAUUGUCCUUGUGCUGACGUGGAUCAAGUCAUUCAAGCAGCUCAUAGAGAUGCGACGAGUAAACCUCGGACUGUCUAUCUCCACCGUGCUUCUCCGAGACGGCAAGCGCAUCUCUCUCUCUCUCUCCUGUGCGCAAUGUAACUCAUACAAUGUUAUUCUAGGCACCCUCUAUUUCCUGUAA